AUGGCUACAGUUGAUGUUAUUAAAUCUUGCAUAGACUCCAUUAGACAGAUAUCCGAGCAUAUUCAAGAUGCUAUUGUUUAUUUAGAUGCUGGAUCUACAGAAAGUUUCCAAUUUGUUGGUGCAUAUCCAGUACUUCUUGAACUUGGAGCACGGGCUAUUUGCAGUUUGGAAAACAUAUGUGCACUUGAUGUUGUGGUUGAUUGGAACUCAAAUUCUGAUCCUGCAAGGAAACUUGUGGCUAUCACAUCAAGUCUACUAAGUGAUGCUCACCGGUAUAUUUUACGUUGCUUGAGCACACAUCAAGUUGUUCGUCAUUGCACUAUAUUUACAUCUAUCUCAGAGACAGCACAUUCAGCAUUUCCUGAUUCACCGCUGGGACCAGAUGCAUAUCAUGAAUAUGAAUCCUUACUGGUUCAAGAUUAUGAAGAACUAGUCAAGAAAUCAGGGACAAAACCUGGACAGGGAAAACAAAACGUUGAAGGUGGAGGACGUUCAGAGUUUCCUUCCAGCGGAGAGGAUGUUCUUAAUCUUGAAGCUAGUCCAAGUGGAAGAGAUUUUUAUGGGAACAAUUCAUUAGACUACAUUGAAGAAUCAGUGCCGAAAUUGGUUGUUUCUGUUCAUCAUUUUCCCAUGAUUUUAUGUCCAAUUUCACCAAGAGUAUUUGUUCUACCUUCUGAAGGGUUGGUAGCUGAAGCACACUUAUCGUCUAACCAUGAAGAUUCCUUUAGUUCUGGUUUGCCUCCCUUAAGUACUGGUAUGAACUCUGAUGCUGAUGAUGUGCCUCCAGGGGCUACCCUUACAGCACAUUUUCUCUAUCAUUUGGCUGCCAAGAUGGACUUGAAAAUGGAAAUUUUCUCCCUUGGUGAUAUAUCAAAAACUGUGGGAAAAGUUUUGACAGACAUGUCAAGUCUUUAUGAUGUAGGCCGCCGCAAACGUUCAGCAGGGCUGUUACUCAUUGAUCGUACACUUGAUCUUCUCACUCCUUGCUGCCAUGGGGACUCACUUUUUGACAGAAUAUUUUCUUCUUUGCCCCGUAGAAAUAGAACAAUUUCUGGUAAAGGCUCAGGAAGCCAACUCAAACUUGGUUCUUUCCACCUGCAACGUGCUCCUUUAGAUGUUCAGAUACCACUUGCUAAGAUCCUUGACGAAGAAGAUUGGAAAAUAGACAAUUUUCGUCUUUUAGAAAGCGUUGAGGCUUUUUUGUGUGGGUGGAAUUCUGAUUCUCAGAUUGCUGGCUUGAUUAACCUUGGCCAGAAAAUUCAUGACAAGCCUAGUCCUACUGAUGUAGUUAUACUUAAUGGUUCCUUUGUCUCCUCUGAAAACUUCCGUGGAAUGCCAUUUUUGGAAGCUAUUCUCGAUAGAAGAACGAAAGAUGGGGCCUUACUGGUAAAAAAAUGGCUACAAGAAACGAUGCGCAGGGAAAAUGUUACUGUAAAUGUGAAGUCUCGUGCUGGUGCUUUUACAAAACCAGAGAUGCAAGCUAUGAUAAAAUCUUUGUCGAGGAACCAAUCAUCUUUGCUAAGGAACAAGGGCAUUAUCCAAUUAGCUUCAGCCACGUUAUUUGCCCUUGAGGAAUCAAAUUAUACCCAAUGGGAUGCAUUUCGCAGUGCAGAGAAGAUUCUGAAUGUAAGUUCUGGAGAAACAAGUCAAAGUCUUGCGAUUCAAAUUGGUGAUCUUAUCAAUAAGAGUGCUCUGUUGGGAUCACAUGUAAAUGAAGGGAAAAGGGACAUCUGUAAGGGGUUACUUUCUUUGCAAGAUGCUUUGCUGUUGAUGAUCGUUGGAUAUAUAUUGGCUGGUGAGAAUUUUCCAACAUCUGGUGCUGAUGGGCCAUUUUCUUGGCAAGAGGAACAUUUGUUAAAAGAAGCUGUUGUAGAUGCUCUUUUUGAAAAUCCUUCAGUAGCAAAUCUCAAGUUUCUAGAUGGACUAAGAGAAGAGCUUGAAACUAAUGUUGUUAGCAAGUUAAAAUCUCAAGAAACUGCUGAAGAGCCUUCAGAAGAUAUUGAUGAUUUUGAUGAUGAUCAAUGGGGAAAAUGGGGUGACGAAGAUGGUGAUGAUAUAAAAAAAAAUGAACAAGCUUAUGGUGAUGUGCAACUGAAGCUGGAGUUGCGUGAUAGGGUGGACAACCUUUUCAAAUUUCUUCAUAAGUUAUCUGAUCUAAAAAGAAAGAAUAUACCAUUGAGGGAUGGAUCAUUGACAAUGGAAGCUAAUUUUGAUGAGGAUAGAAAAGGAUUGCUUUAUAGGCUACUAACAAGGGUGUUGGGCAAGUACGACGUGCCUGGGUUAGAGUAUCAUUCUUCAACUGUGGGGCGCCUGUUUAAGAGUGGGUUUGGAAGAUUUGGCCUUGGUCAGGCCAAACCAAGCCUUGCCGAUCAAAAUGUCAUUUUGGUCUUUGUUAUUGGGGGCAUUAAUGGGCUCGAGGUGCUUGAGGCUCAUGAGGCAUUGGCUGAAAGUGGAAGACCUGAUAUUGAGUUGCUAGUUGGUGGAACAACUCUUCUCACUUCUAAUGACAUGCUCGAUUUACUGCUAGGGGACUCCAGUUACAUUUAA